UUAUUUAUUUAUUUUAUAAUGCAGGCAAUUUACUUGCUAUCAAAUCCAAAUGGGAAUAUAAAGCUUUAUGAGUUUGUGAUAAUAUUUGGAUGCUUAAUGUUGAUAUUAGCUCAAAUCCCAUCUUUUCACUCUCUAAGACACAUCAGUUUGAUAUCCUUGCUUCUAUGCCUAGCUUAUAGUGCCUGUGCCACUGCUGGUUCUGUUCAUAUUGGAAAUUCAUCAAAGGAACCAAAGGACUAUUCUCUAAAAGGAGACACUCAAGACCGUGUUUUUGGAUUCUGUAAUGCAAUUGCUAUCAUCGCGACAACAUAUGGCAAUGGGAUCAUUCCAGAAAUUCAGGGACUUAAGAUGCUUGCUGAUCAACUUUCAAACAUUGGUGCACCGAUCUCAAAUCAAAGGUUAGUUCUCCAGUUAAUUGCCGGAUUGAAUGAGAAUUACGAUGGUGUUGCUACUUUCAUUCAAUAGAGUGAUCCAUUGCCUCCGUUUUAUGAGGCACGUUCAGGGCUUGUCCUUGAGGAAACCCGCAAAGCUAAGCAAACAGCCACAACCUCUAAUGCUGCGGGAACUGCUCUUUUUACUACUGGUAGUUCGGAUAAUAAUUUUGUCUCUGGUCGUGUCUCAAAUCGUGGCUCAAGUAAUCAGUACAAUCGCAGUAAUAACGGACAGAAACGAGGUCAGCCUCGAAACAAUAAUAAAAGACAAAGCAAUGGUGGCCAUAACCACAGUAAUGGACAUCCACAAGGGGGGCAGCAGUGUUUUUGGCAGCAGCACCCACCAUUUUAUUCGUGGUCUGCCUAUCCACCAUGGCACUCAUGGGGUCAGCAAGCUUGGACUUCACCACCAUGUCCACAUCCAACAACUCCUUGGGCACGUCCACCUGCACGACAGUCUGGAAUUCUAGGAUCUCAUCCACAACAAGCAUAUGCUGCAUAGGCAUUUCCUUCUAGUUAUGCACCUACUGAUAUUGAUGCUGCAAUGCAAACCAUGUCUCUUAAUCCUCAUGAAGAGCUUUGGUACAUGGACACAUGAGCUACUUCGCAUAUGACAUAAUCUACAGGUACUCUCUCGUCUUAUUUUAAUAUGAGCAAUAAUAAUAAUAUAAUUGUUGGAAGUGGACAGGAAAUUCCAAUUCGUGGUUAUGGACACACAUCUCUUUCCCCACCACACCCACCAUUCCAUUUAACCAAUGUACUCCAUGCACCCAAACUCAUUAAAAACUUGGUUUCUAUGCGUUGUUUUGCUAUUGAUAAUAGAGUUUCUGUUGAGUUUGAUCCUUUUGGUUUUUCUGUAAAGGAGUUAUGGAGAGGGAUGCCACUAAUGAGAUGUAAUAGCAUUGGGGACCUUUAUCCUAUAUUAUGUUCUCCAGUUCAUUCUCCAUCUCCUUUUGCUGCUCUAUCUUCUGCUUUAUGGCAUCAUAGAUUG